AUGGAGGCAGCUCUAGUGAGUGCAGCGACAGGCGCCCUGAAACCCGUUAUGAGGAAGCUGGCCGCUUUGAUGGGUGAUGAGUACAAGCAUCUCAAGGAAGUGCAAGGCGAUAUCAGGUUUGUCACGGAUGAGCUCACUGCCAUGCAUGCGUUUCUCCUCAAGAUGUCGGAGGAGGAGGAACCUGAUGAACAAGAUAAGGUAUGGAUGACAGCGGUGCGGGAGCUAUCCUAUGACAUGGAGGACUCCAUCAACGACUUCAUGCAAUGUGUUGACGAUAAAAACACUAAGAUAGAUGGCUUCAUAGAGAAAAUCAAGAACUCACUCAGAAAAUUGGGAAAGGCGAAGGAUCGGCGCCAGAUUGGCUUUGAUAUACAAGAUCUGAAGAGGCAAAUCAUUGUGGUGAGCAGUCGGAAUGAAAGGUACAAGACUCCUCAGGCUGUCCUCAAGACCAUCAACUUCUCCAACAACAAAAUUGAGGUCGUUGACCCUAGAGCUUUAGCUAUCUUUGAGCGUGCAUCAAAGCUCGUCGGAAUUGAUGAACCAAAGUCUGAACUAAUGGAACUAUUGACUGAAGAGGAUGGACGCGCAUCAACGGAACAACAACUGAAGAUGGUAUCCAUUGUCGGAUCUGGAGGAAUGGGCAAGACAACUCUUGCAAAUCAAGUAUAUCAAGAGAUCAAAGAGAAAUUCAAGUGUAAGGCUUUCGUAUCACUAUCACGAAAUCCAGACAUGAUGAAUAUCUUGAGAAUCAUUCUCAGCGAACUUAGUUGUCAAGUUUAUGCUCACACUGAAGCAGGGAGCAUACAACAACUAAUCAGCAAGAUUAACGAUUACCUAGCUCACAAAAGGUAUUUUAUAGUGAUUGAUGACAUAUGGGACAUCAAAACAUGGGAUGUUCUUAAGUGCGCAUUCCCCAUGAACAGUUGUGGUAGCAUAAUAAUCACCACUACUCGUAUGCGUGAUGUCGCAUAUUCAUGUCGUUCAUCAAUCGGUGGUCAUAUUUACAGUAUAAAGCCUCUUAAUAUGUCACACUCAAGACAACUAUUUCACAGAAGAUUAUUUAACUCUGAAGAAGAUUGCCCGCUAUCACUCGAAACCAUUUCUAACCAAAUAUUGAAAAAAUGUGAUGGAUUGCCUUUGGCGAUCAUUGCUAUAUCUGGUUUGUUGGCCAACAAAGAAAGAACAAAGCAUCUGUGGAACGAAGUGAAAGAUUCAAUUGGUCGUGCACUAGAAAGGAAUCCUAGUGUCGAACGAAUGAUCAAGAUAUUGUCACUUAGUUACUUUGAUCUGCCUCCUCAUCUUAAAACAUGUCUCCUCUAUCUAAGUAUAUUUCCAGAAGAUUCUGUUAUUGAGAAGAAAGCCCUUAUAUGGAAAUGGAUUGCAGAAGGAAUUAUUCACAAAGAUGGCAAAUAUACAACAUAUGAGUUAGGAGAGAGGUGUUUUAAUGAGCUCGUUAAUAGGAGUUUAAUCCAACCAGUGGAGCUGGACAAAUAUGAUAAGGUGUUUAAUUGCCGAGUUCAUGAUACAAUUCUUGAUUUCAUUAUAUCCAAGUCCAUUGAAGAGAACUUUGUUUCUUUCAUUGGUGUCCCCAGUUUAACAAUAGGGACAGAAAGUAGAGUGCGCCGAUUCUCCAUGCAAGUUGAAGGAGAACGAAUAUCUGAAAUGCCGACGAGCGUGAUAUUGUCUCAUGUCCGGUCACUUAAUGUGUUUGGGAAUACAGUGAAAAUCCCCCCAAUGAAGUAUUUCAGGCAUUUGCGCGUUGUGGACUUUGGAAGAUGCGGGCAAGUGGAAAACCACCAUCUUGCAGAUGUAGGCCGUCUUUUUCAGCUAAGGUACCUCAACAUUAGCUGGACAAGGGUACGCAAUCUUCCAGAACAAAUCAGGCAUCUACGGUGCUUAGAGUUGUUGGACAUUAGGCGCACGGAGGUCUCCAGUUUACCAGCAAGUAUUGUCAAUCUCAAAAAGCUGGCACAUCUACUUGUUAGCAGACUUGUUAGAUUUCCUGAUGGCAUUGCAAAGAUGCAAGCACUGGAAACAUUGAAAUGGGUGAGCGCCGACCAGUCAUGUAACUUUCUGCAGGAGCUUGGGCAGCUAAAGAAUCUGAGGAAGCUGAACCUUUGCCAUAUGAAUGAUGCAGAACAGAACAAGGAGAUUAUUGCUUAUUCUCUCAAUGAACUAUGCACACAAAACCUUACAUCUCUAACUAUGUGGAAUGAUCAUGAUAGCAUCCUAUUGAAUACAUGGUGCACUUCUCCUCCACUUAACCUUCAAAAGCUUGUGACUUCGGCCUGGGUCCUCCCAAAGGUUCCGGAUUGGAUAGGAUCACUCAUGAACUUGCAGAAGUUAAGCUUGGAAGUGGAGAGAAUCAGGCAGGAAGAUAUCUUCAUCCUUGGAGCCUUACCUUCUCUGCUUACUCUGAGUCUCCAAGGAAUGGAAGAUCGGUCUUCUUGUAAAGACAGAAGGCUGGCAAUCACAAGUGAAGCUGGGUUCCGAAGCCUGAGGAUGUUUACUUACGUGGUGCUGGGAGAUGGGAUGGAUCUCAUGUUUACAGCAAGAUGUAUGCCCAAGCUAGAAAAACUGAUAAUUCAUUUUUCCGGUGGUGUUGAAAAUGAGACUCUCUGCUGUCCUGGUGCUAUUGAUUUUGGGAUAAGAAACCUGUCGAGCCUCACUACUUUCAGAUGUGAGUUUGUUUGCGACAGGGGCAUUGCUGAUGCUAUAAUUGCUUCCCUGAAGAGAGAAGUCAGCACACAUCCUAAUAACGACCUUCGUCUAAUCAUCGAGAUGUACAAUGUUGAACUCGAGCUCCAGCUGCUUCAGUAG